AUGAUAGGGUUGAAUAUAUUGGUGGUGGGAGACUCUCCAGCAAAUUGGCUGAUUGCUUGGAGACUACAUGUAGCUGGAUGCGUGAUCAGCGUAGUUUUGGACCAAGCCGUCAAAGAGAAAGAUACCACAGACCUUAUGAUAAGCUGGAAGUCGUCAAGGUUUCAACCUUCGUCCUACCGGCCCUCUCAUCUUUUCUUUGGAGUUGAUGAUUUCCUUCAACGGUGCAUCACGCAGGAACCCUUUAACCUCCUGCUCGUAGCGGCCAAGUCUGUUGACGAACAUAGAAGCAUUUGUCAAGCAAUAAGCUCAUACUUAGCAAGAGACGUUCUCGUACUUGUAGACUCUUCUUUUUGCAUAUUUUUAGAGAAAAUAGUUUUGGAACUGUUACCACAUGAGUCUGUGAUACUCUCUCUGCUGUGUUAUGCCAACAUACAGGAAAAUAACUCGUUUGAAUAUACACUACAAGGAAACGAAGUGUCAAUCUUCAUAGGUUGCUCUGACCCACAUUGUAAGGAUACGAAAAUCAUUGAAACUCUGCAAGAAAAGAGUGCACAAGGCAAGAUAUUGCAAAGUUUUCUCCAAGCUUUACAAAACGGUGAGAUUUUCCCAGUGUCCUGUAUUCAAGUAGGCAUUGAGCCCCGGAUGGAUUAUCUCUUAUGGAACCGUUUGUUGUCAUUGGUAGCCAUUGAAACUUUGUGUUGGUCAAUGGAUGAACCAGAUCCAACCAAGUUGCUUCAAGAUGCAGCCUUUGCUCCCAUCGUCAAGGGCCUAUUCUACGAUUUAUUGAAUCUGGCUAACAGUGCUGGUUGCAAAGCACUACCCACCUCAAGCGAAACUGCAAGGAUCGAUACCCUUAUCAGAGAUCUAUCAGCGAAGUACACUGCGAGGUAUCCGCCAAACAUGCACACGGCCAAACUGUAUCAUUCCCAGUCUGCCCCGUUGUUCUUUCAGCACUACCAUCUCAAGAAAACGUGGGUCAAUCUCUAUCUUGUACAGAUCCUUCAGAUGGCAGAAGAUUUCUCAUUGCAUUUACCGUAUGUGAACUGUCUGUUUGGUUAUUCUAAAGUUAUGAAAAACGUUACUUUACAACUGCGUAAAGCGGAACAAACAAGUCAUCAAAACUUCAUUCUACCAUCUCUGCAACAACAAAUUCAAGUUGCGCCAAUCAGUAAUAGAAAGGGUUGUUACACUCCAUCCCACCUGAAUCACCUUGCAGGAACACCAACGUUUCAAAGUACUAAGACUGCCCAAAAUAAAAAGUUCAUCCCACGAAGUGGAUCAAACCAGUCCAGUCAAUCUGGAAGACAAUUACAAUCUGCUUAUGACAGGUUGGCACACCGUGCAAAUAUCCAUUAUGUAUUCGACAACACCACGAGCAGGUAUGGUGAGGUCAGCAGUGAUGCAAGCAUCAAGUCCAAUAGCAACAAAGGCAGCAACAACAACAGUUCCAUAAACUCUUUUGUUGAUCAAACUACUCAAGUGGUGGAGGAGCCCAACCCAACAUUUCCCACGAUAACCUGGGAAGCUGGUACCACCGAAGGUGGUUUUGAUGUGCCACCAAACCUCUUUUAA